AGGGGGAGUUUGAGAAGGAGAUAAAAGUCUUCAUGAACAGGAGACGGUAAUGUAAAACAGUUUUGGGGAGGCUUAGCCUUCCCUAGCCUUAUAGAAAAUCCACCUAUGACUACAAAGUAUUUCUGGCUGGGACAUACAAUUCUUAAUGUGCUUAAUCCUCUGCCUUUAGCAGAACACACAGCAAUCUGAUUCAGUUAUGCUGAAAACUGUGUCACAGAAAAGCUAACGUUAAGGGAAAGUAAACCCCAAUGUUAUUCUAAGCAACUUCCCAAUAUGCAUUUCCUACAGACGAGCAAGGGUUUUAAAGUUAUUUGUAGAUGAAACUAUGUAGGCACUGCUGGUUCUGACUUUUAAUAAUAUAGCAGAAAACAGUUCCCUUCAGUCAAAACGUUCCCACUACUAUUUAUGUGCUUCGUCAGAGUCAGACUCACCAGGGAAGAAAAGAAGGGUCAUUAGUAGUGGAUUCUCUUAGUAACAAUAUCGUCAUCGCUGAUCAGAUUCCAUAUGUUUGAUUUUGAACAAAACAGUCCAAUAAAUAGAUAAUAUAUACAUUUCAUUAUGUCUAUACCAUUGCAAAGUAUAUUUUCUUUCAUAAUUGUAUGCUCUUCAAUAUUAAAUUAUUUUCUUCCUAUUAAAUAGAAAUAAAUCCUCUCAGUAAGUACAGUCCCAGACCAGUGUGCAGUUCAGAGUUAUUGUCAGUCAGACCAGAUUUCUCAUAAAUGAAAGUGAAAAUAGUUCUGGCGGGAAAAAAUACCUUUCUACAUGACUUGUGUGUUGGAGGGAAAACGUGUGGAGUCCAUUAUGUCCCUGCACUGGAUCUCACUAAGGAGAGAGUUUCCCUUCCAGAAGGUUUCUGUUAUAUUACUGUGUCUGGCUCAUACUGCAGUAUCUGAGCCUGGAGUAAAAUGCAAAUUCUCAGGACCUGCCAUUAUAGGGGGUAACGCUACACUGAGGUGCCAACUCCCAGGAUCCUUUGAGGUGCUGCAGGUGACCUGGCAAAGGAGUAAAGAUGGCUUCCGAGAAAACAUUGCGACCUACAGCAACAAGUAUGGGGUCAAGGUACUGAGCCCCUUUAACAGUAGAGUAGAGGUUUUCAACACAAGCCCAAAAAAGUCAUCCAUGAAGAUUUCUGCACUGACAAAGGAGGAUGAAGCCUGUUAUAUUUGUGCCUUUAGUGUGUAUCAGCACGGAGCCUACACUGGGCAAGUCUGUCUCCCCACCCUGGUUUCAGGCAAUGAAUUUAUUUGCUCUGCUGUUGGGUCUCAUAUUCUCAAUAUCACUGUGAAUCCCCCCAAUAUCAACACUGAUUCUGCAGCACAGUCAGAAGGUGGAAUAACAGGGGCAAUACAGAAAGGCACCUUUACAGAAAGAGAGAAUGUGACCUGUACUUUCCAGUUGCCCAGGACAGACAGGCACAAACAGGAUCUUACAGAACAAUAUAAUGAUCUGGAUGACGAUGAGGAAAUUGUCUCUACAAAUUGUUCUGCAUCUGGCAAAACAAAACCUUAUAUAAUAUGGGAGAAUGAAGGGAAACCCGUCAGUACAGAAUAUAAAGAAAAAGUAACUGGUGAUAUCACAACUGUCACAAGUACUCGCUGGUACUCACUGGCCUGGCUAUUGGCACAGGAUAAACCAAUCAUCUGUUAUAUCACAAUCAACCCUGGUGCCAUAGGAGAAAGAAAAGAGUCCAGUACUUCUCAAGAGGAGAAUUCUCAGACUCUACACCAAACUUCUUUAGAUAAAGAAACAACUAAUAAGCAAGACAGCCAUUACGUCCGAUUAGCCAUAGUAAUGGUUCCAUUUGCAUUUGCCCUGCUCCCUGUGUGUUUCCUUAACUGGAAGAGAAAAGCUUGGCAAGCUCAAAAGGCACAGCCAGUGAAUGAGCCUAGACCUGAAUCGAAAUCCAACACAUAUGGGACUCCAAACACACUUUGCAGGACCCCUACUACUACUAGGAUUUUAAUGACAUCUACCACAGGAUCUGAAAUGUCAAAGAGAAAUAAUAUAAUACACAAUCAGGAUACAAAUCAUAUCAGCAGUACCCCAGGAUCUGCAUCAGAGGGAAGGAAUACAAAACACAAUCAGGAUACAGAGAACACAUGGACCCCCAUAUCUGCUGUGUCGAAAGCAAGACUGGAUUCAAAAACUGAUAAGGAAAAUAAGACUCCAAAGAGAAAACUCCAAUUUUAAUAUUUUCCUAACUUUUCCAAACCACCUGAACAAACUUUUCAAAUGGAAACCUUGGGUUUUGUGUAUGAUAAAGAAGGGCUGUAUUUGACUGGGUAUGUCAGAACCCUGUACUAUAAAAUUAAAUGUACAGCCCUUUAUUCCAUUCAAUUGCUGCUUUAUUACCUGCACUACAUCAAUAGUGAGAUCUUCUGUUAAACCUUAUGGCUAUAGAGUAUUUAAAGGCUAAGGAAACCUAGUCGGCGCA